AGUUAAAUAACUUCGACAAUCCACACAUUUCCUCUAUACACCUAUACCGACUUGCAUCGUCAGCGUUAUUUGCGAACACUGUGUGUGAACACCACAAGCAGUCGAACAAGCGGCCCUGGCGCUACAUAGGCGGCCUUUCAUGGCUCUCAGCGAGUUUGGGCAAGCUUUUCUCGAGAAUCUGAGGGAUUUGACGACCCCUGAUAGGCGGUCCAUUGUGACUCUCAAGGACUUGGCGUUCGAGAAUGUUGGGGAAGCUGGAAGCGUGGUGCGGGCAAUCCGUCAACACAUUAAGCAGUGCCCGGCGUCCCACCGCCUACCAGCACUUUACCUAAUGGACUGCAUGCUGAAGAGCGACCCCUGCCCGCCAGUCUACGCGGAACAGAUAGGACAGUCCCUAUUCGAGAUCUUCGGAUUCAUGUGGGAUAACGCGGACUCCUCAACGCGGGCGGCCCUGACCAAGGUCUGCAAUCUUUGGCGCUCUGUGGGACAUCUGGACCAGAAGGUCGUUCAGGCCUGUGAGGCGCGUACUAUGCCUGUGAGCCGGACGUCCACGUCAGCGGUCCCACCCGCUGUUGGAGGAGUGCUUCCUCCGCCUGGCUAUCGGGGCUAUCCGGUGACUCAGCAGCCGCAUGCCACGGCAUCGUAUGUUCGGCCCCCGGCCACUAUGGGUAACGGUGUUUCCUUUGAUACGCGGGUAUCAGGGCAGGCGCACCCACCACCGCAGCUGUCAGCUGUGCAGUACUCAGCUCCAUUCCCUGUGCGGCCCGCAUACAGUGCGGCACCGCAGCAGACAGUGCUCCUGCCCAUGCAAGCUUUCCUCCAAGCACAGCAGCCAUUGCAGCAGCACGUGCAUAUUGUUGCUCCCACCCAGCAGCUUGCAUUUGCACAGCACCCAGCACCCCUGCACUACCCCGGGGCGCCCAUGGCUCCGCCAGUUCAGGCGGCUGGCCCACUGGCGCCAUCUGGGUUGUUGGGUAUGCAUGCAUCGUCCCUGCCAGCUGUACAGCGUCACGGCAUCCGGCAAGCUAGCCCUCAGCCGGGUGCUGGGAGCCCUCAGCAUCCCCCGCAACCAGCGGCACGGCCGCGUUCGACCGAGUUUCCUGGGCCGCAUGCCCUGAAGGAACUUGACGCAACGGCAGUGCAAGAUCUGCUUGAAGCAUCUAGCCGCACGAGACCGGCUUUCUUGGACGCUGCAUUUCUGCGGAACAAACGGCGCACUACACAAGCUCAGACGGGUACCCCGUCACGGCAAUGGUACCCAUCAGCGGACCUCUGGCUGGUUGGCGCGUCUGCGGCACCGGAAGAGGCGCAGGUGUCAUUGGAGGAGGAUGAAAACAAAGAAGAAGAGGAGAAGCUCUACUUCGUCGAGGAGGAUCCCUCACAGCCUGAAUGCGCUAUUUCGGGCGAGCCGUUCGAUCGCUUUUAUGAUCCCGACUCUGAUAAAUGGUGCUAUAAGGACGCCGUGCUUCUCAGUGGCGACGACGCUGCCAAGUAUGGCGUCAUGGAUGGCUCCAUCGUGAAGGUGCAAUGCUUGGCCGGUGCACCCUCGAAGCUUCAGCUAGCGACGCUCAGAGCGGCCAGUGCCACGGCAGCUGCUGCGGACGAGCUGCGGCAGGCGGCUGCCCACCCGGAUGUCGCUGGCAGCAGCGGCAGAGCUGCAACACCCUUGGCUGGGCCAGCAUCAGGGACAGCAGCAGUCGGCGGUCAGCCAUUGCCCGUAACACACGCUGCCGGCGGAGCCUACUACCCGCCGCAGCCGCAACAAGGCAUAGUGGUGAAGGAGGAGCAGCAUGCGGGGAUGCCGGUGGGGAUAGUCGGGGAGCCAGGCGGAGGCUCUGGGACCAAGCGGCUAGCUGGCGAGGUGGACGCGCGUCAAGGCGCCAUGGGGAUGGUUGGCGCGGGUGUAGGCUUUCAGGACCCUAAGCGGGUGAAGCUGGAGGUUCAGUGACGGGGGGCUGGAGGCGGGGUAUGGAGGUUAGCAUUGCAAAAGAGCGUUGUGUAUGGGGGUUAGCGAUGCAUACAGGCUUGUCGCUGGUUUGAGCGAUAUGGGUGAGCACGCGGUGACAUUUUACUGCCUGUCGUGUGCCUGGUCGCUGGGUUAUGCUGUACACGUAUGGUGGAUACGGGACCUGUGGUUAUAGCUGUUCAUGACCAGGACACGUUGCUCGCUAGCCUAAUAUGUGUUUGCGUCCGUACUUUGAGAUUAGGUGCAGGAGUCAGGCCAGGCAUUUUGCUGUUGCAUGGGUUGCAUAAUGGCAGUAGCCGAAGCGAUUGGCGUCCAGGAUCGCUCCGCUGUAUCACUAGUAGUCGUAGAUGUUAGUUCAUAGCUUGAAGUGCAUUACUCUAGAUGAGUUAGCAAGCGUUGGAAGCAGUGGUAAAUGCCCAAGUUGAGGUUCACCCAGAACGCACAAGCAGGUUCUGGCUAAGGCGCGUUUCGAACACAAACCGUAUGUUUGCUUAACACUGGGCACCUGUAAAAACAAAGGUGUGCUUCUUGGCUUCCCUACAAAAUAUAGUCUCUAGUAUCGGCAUCCCAUUUCUCGUCGGCACUUCUUGAUGAAUACCAAGCUAACUGGACGUCAGCACUGUUUGGUUUCUAGCAGCCCAUUAUUAGCAAGCAAAUGGCAGCGCCUGCCAGGGUGUUGGAGUGGGCCACAACCUACAGCGGUCUACAUAAGUACGCAUGUGUCCCAGUUUGCAAAAGCGCGACACGAGAGUCCAGCGCGCACAGAUACGCAGCUUGCUGCUACGGCUAAAGGAGAUGCGCCGACAAGUACGCUUCGUGAGUUCGGCUUUGCCAAGGACUUUGCCGAGCGCUACGAUUUGGGCCGAGCCAUCGGCUCGGGCAGCUUUGGCACGGUGCAUAUCGCCACGGAUAGGGCGACGGGGCAGGAGGUUGCAGUCAAGGUGAUUACGAAGCGCAUCCUGGGCGGCUACCUGGACCCCGUGUUCGUGAGGCGCGUGCAACACGAGGUGGACAUCUACAGCCACGUGGGUCACUCUCUCAAUGUGGCCUACCUGUACGGCGCGUACGAGAAUGCCGUACACGUGAAGCUGGUGAUGGAGCUGUGCAAGGGCGGCGAGCUGUGGACUCGUGUGCAGCGGGGCAAGUACUGCGAGGGCGCUGCGGCAGCACUCGUGGCAGAGAUACUGCGGACGCUGGCGCAGUGCCAUGCUAAAGGUAUCGUGCUGCGCGAUGUGAAGCCCGAGAACUUCCUGUUCCUCACCCCCGCCCCCGACGCGCCUCUAAAGAUGAUUGACUUUGGGUUGGCAACCUACUGCAGGCCGGGUCAGGUACUGAGUGACCGAGCGGGCUCACCCCUGUAUGUGGCGCCAGAGGUUCUCAAGCAAUCCUACGGUCAGAAGUGCGAUGUAUGGAGUGCUGGGGUGAUCGCCUACCAGCUGCUCACGGGUCGCUUCCCGUUUGAGGACGAAGACCAGGGCUUGCUGCUCAGCUCCCUAGAUGUGCUUGGCAACGGCAACGGAGACGCCGGAGACAGCGGCACGGGAAAGCCGAAGAAGAAGGCCAAGAAUUUUACAAACAAGGAGGUUUUCUUCGCGAUCCUGUACGGAGAUCUGGAUUUCGUACGACCGCCCUGGAACGAGAUCAGCAGCCUGGCGAGGGAAUUCGUAUCGACAUUGCUACAGCGCGAUCCAAACGUACGGCCAACUGCUGCCGAGGCGUUGCAACAUCCCUGGAUCCGGCAAAACGAUCCUGCAAGUGCCAGUAGCGCUAGCAGUUUAAGUAGUUGUACGGCAUCGUUAUCGUCGAUGGAAGAUAUUUCCGUAGACAACUUGGUAUCCAUGGAUGUGGCAAACGGACCCACGGGUCUGGCCUCUGCCAUUGCUCGGGACGUAAUCCGCGGGGCCGGCAGCAGCAGCAGCAGCAGCAGCAGUAAAGCUGCUGGAGGUAACGGCAGCUGUGGCUGUAAUGGUAGAGGCCACAAGAGCUCGAGUGGAGGCAACGGCAGCAGCAGCGGCAGUCGCACUGGUUCCCGGUCGUUGAGUGAUUCGUUGGUUCAGCGGUUGCAGCGGUACGGCACGUACGGCCGGUUAAAACAGCUGGCGUUGCGUGCUAUGGUGGGCCUCCUGGCCGCCAGCGAGCCGGAGCGCCUGUCCGCCCUGUCCGCCGCGUUCCGGCAGCAGCUGCACCCCCCCGAGUCACCGGGGUUACCGGGCGCCGAGGGGCGGCUGCCGUACGGUGCGGUGCGGGACAUGCUGCUGAGGGAGUGGGACCUCAGCCCCACGGAGGCCAUGCAGCUGCUGGCCGCCUUCGAUGUGGACGCCCGGGGCUGUGUGGACCGCCUCGAGUGGCUGGCGGCGCUGGUGGACUGGCGGGAGGUGCAGCAGUCCCCUCGCUGGCCCUCCUACGUUGACCGCGUGUUCGACCUCUUCGACGUCUCCCACUCCGGCUCCCUCACCCGCAACAACCUACAACGGCUGCUGUGCAGCGGCUCCUUGGAUCACAAUCCGGAUUCGGGCGACGGUGCAGAUUUGGAUUCGGGCUCGGGCUCGGAUCUGGAGGAGUGUCCGUUUGACGACGUGGUGCCUGCAGCUCUGCGGGAGGCGGAUUCGGAUGCCGACGGUGCCAUCUCGCGUCAGGAGUUCGGGGAGUUCCUGAGUGCGGGGGCGGCGGGGGACCUGCUUGAGUUUUAUGAGAGCAGGAGGAGGCGGCGGAGGAGCCAGCAGGAGGAGGGGGGGCAGCAGGGGCAGGAGGAGGAGGGGAGGGGAGGGGAGGAGUGAUGAGCAGGCAAUGAUGAGGCAUUGACCCAUGUAGCUCCGGAACCUCGCAUGCGUUAACCGCCAGACCUGAGGCUAAGAGGAGGGAAGAUAUAUGGAAAAUGACGCAACUGAAGAGGAGGGAGGAGGGAGGGAAGCGUAGGGUGCAGGGGAAGAAAGGCCAGUGUUGGCUACAGCAGGGUCAGGAGCAGCUUGGGACGGAGCGUUAUAUCACUUAGCAGCGGCGGCACAUGUGGGGUAGCAGCAGCGCGUUGUAUGGGAGAUGCGUUGGGGGGUGGCAGAUGUCGCUAGGGAUUUGCCGUUGGUAGGAUGAAGGAGGAGGAGGAGGAGGAGGAGGAGGAGGUGGAGGAAAGGGAAAGUAUCAUGGUAAGCGUGAAGAGUCGUGCAGAGCCUCUUGCGGAAAGUAGGGUGGAUGGGCAAGCGGG